GUGUAUAAGUGCUGGAGCUCAGAGGGCCGGGCUGGACGGAGGGGUCAUGAUGCUCCCAUGAUAGCCUACGAUGCUCUCCUGGCCUCAGGCUCCGACUGGACCCAGCUCUGCCGCCGCGCCAUGUUCCACGGAGGGGAGAGCAGUGCCACUGGGCUGAUAGCAGGCUGUCUGUACGGUCUCCUGUUCGGCCUGUCCCAGGUCCCUGAAGGGCUGCACGCGGCUGGAGGAGCUCGGAGCCGAACUGUACAAGGCAGCCUCCGCAGAGAGGAGCACAGAGAAGUAACACCACCACCCUGCCCACACCGCCCUCUUCUGGCCGACAUAGGAACUACACAUGAAUGACUCCACCAUGGCUGGCUACUGGCUGCUCACCUACCUACCUACCAAGUGGAGGCUGGUGGGAGGAGCUACAGGAAGACGGCUCAUUGUAAUGGAUGAAGGGGAAUACAUAUGCUUGAUACUGUUCCAUUUAUUCCAUUCCAGCCAUUACAAUGAGCCUGUCCUAUAUCUCCUCCUACCAGCCUCCUCUGCUACCUACCUAUCCCACAGCACUACAGCCCCCCGAGCCCGGCCUGUACCCUCCUCUCUCUCUCUCUCUCCCCCUGCUGGGGUCUCUGGAAUAGUUCCUUUCCUGUUCCAUAAAGGGUUUUGUCAUUCAUGUGGAACUGAAUCAGAAUCAGAAUUGGAACUCUGAAACCGGAUCUGUGAUGUAACAAUUCCAUAGAUUCCAGAGGCCCCAGGUGUUCUCAUCUAUAGAUGAACGUGGAUCAACUAACAUCCCCACCUACUGUACACACACCAGUCCUGGGUUUAAAACAUGUGAUUGGAGACAAAGAAGACGGUCCUGUGUAAAUGUGAUUUAAACUUACAGGCUUGUUAUUAGUCUGUCCCCC